AUGACGGACGAAAGCUUACCACCUUUUCACCGAAAUAGAGUGAGAUUGCCACGGAAACAGGAUCAGCAUGUGUCUUCCAGUAAAGCCAAUCGACAGCUGGUCAAGAGGAAUCGGCCGUCGUUUUCCGGUGGAACCGACCUGCGAAUCUCUUCACCUAACACUUUCACUCGAAAUGGAAGUAAGCUCAACAAUUGGGAAUUAUUUUCCCCACACAAAAACAGUUUUCACCUUCUCUGUUGCUACAGCGAAACUGCAGCCCGUCGCAUGGGAGGACUUCAUCGAUAUCAAAACCGUUCAUGCUUGAUGACGCGCAAUUUGCCCAUUUCAGCGGCUUUGUGUGCCGGCUGCAGUGGGAUCUCUGGAGCAACUGUGAAAAAAGCAUUUGUCACCAACAGCUGCAGAGGCUUGCAGACUGCCAGAAUGCUCAGCAGUCCGGAUAUUUGGCAAUGGCCUCUUGUCGCUUGUUUGACUGAUUAA